AUGGCUCUCCAAAGGCCAAGGGACCACCUAUAUUUACUUGGCCCACUCUGCGUUGUCUUGAUCCCCACCUCCAUUUCCAUCUCAACAAACAGCCAGGAUACCGAGAUCGACGUUUACACAAUGAUCAGCAGCCAGCAACUCGAUGCUUCAAAUCGAUCUUUUCCUAUUCUUCCCUCUGAGCUAUGGCUCGUCAUCUUCACACAUGCUACUUCUUUGGAGCAUUUCUUAGGCUCGCGAUGGAGCAAUGGCUACAUCGAUUCAAUUGACGGUGCAAAUCAUGAUGAGGAUGCUACUGCUAGAUCAUUCAAUGAAUCCUUGAAAGUCAAAAAAGCUGUCUCACUUGUAUGCCGCGACUGGAAUCGUCUAGGAUCUCGCCUUAUCUACAAACACUUAUACAUCAGCGACCUCGGUCGUCUCCGCCCCCUCGUCUACAUGUUGGAGUGUUCGCGGGAGAAAGCGCGUUCUGACAGUUCCACAGUCGAUAUGGGCAGGUGGAUCACUCACGUCAUGUUUCUUGCCGCGGAUAAUACUGGAAGGAAGUCGACAAGAGACAGUUCCUUGGCAGUAUCAUCAUCCCCGAAAAGAAUCACGGAGUAUGUUCGAAGGCUUGUGGCCUGCUGUCCGCGAUUGGAAGUAUUCGUGGAUUGUACUCCAUAUGGCAUGGAUGACAGACCUAAAUCAGUAAUCGCCUCCCUUGGCGCUGCUGCUGGACCUUAUCCAGCGGACCAAAGUCAUCUACGAUCAUUGGAAUGGAGGCAUAGUGGCCCUACUCUGAAUGACCUUUGUAGAAACCAUCGGAUUACGGACUCGCUUGAAACGCUUAGGUGUCGUACAUUUUACGAGUCUGAGUCACGCCUCGAAGGCCAUCAUUCAGAUUUGGGCCCACGUCAGUUUCCGGUCCUCUCUUUCGCAAACCUCACUUCCCUUGAUUUCUGGAUCUCCCGCACAAACUACGCUCACAUAUGUCUCAUGGCCAACUCAACCUUGCCCUCACUCACUCACUUCACGCUUCGCACCUCAAAUACGACGGGCGCUCUUCUUUCAUUCGAAGCUUACGAUGCGCUGGAAGCUUUCUUUGAUAGGCACGGUCACAAGCUCCGUUCCCUUGAACUGCGUGUCUGGCCAGGCGAUGAGCACAACCUUGCGGUAUCGAUUACAGGAGAAGCCAUCGCAACUGCCAUCGACCCUUCUACAAUCUUGUCUCAAUGUCCUAGUUUAUCGGAUUUGGUACUUUCUGCAGCAUGGUUCGCCCCUCAUCCAUCGCCCUCAGAUCCCUUCCACGGCGACGGAAUAUCACCCUGUCACCUUUUCGAUCUCGCAGCACACCAGCCUCCAACGUAUUGGCUGAUAGAUACAAGGGCUAUCGCUAGAACUCACGAAGUGCCGUGCUUAUCAUGUAACCGUCCUUCCCUCGCGGACUCCCUCACUCAACCAAAAGGCCGGUCCCCCUCCUCUAUCCAAUGGAUCAUUAGCGAACCAUUGGGGACUCUGGGGCGACCAAUGUCCCGUCGACACUGUACGAUCGAUCGGCACCUCCGGAUGAUCCUUCACGGAUUCAAACCCAUCGAUUCAACGACGAAGAUGAACAUGUCCAACGACUCCACCGCUUAA